AUGUCUUACCCUGUUCCAGACCCUUGCUUCAAGAAAACCUGUCGUGAGAGAGAGAUCUGUGUGGAGAAGGACAAUAAGGGGGUGUGCACGCCCGAGUCUAAGGCCUCAUGCCAAGCUGUUGGAGACCCUCACUAUGAGACGUUCGAUGGCAGCCUGUUUUCUUUCCAGGGCACCUGCUCCUAUGUAAUGGUUAAGACAUCGGGUAAAGACAAAACCCUCACACCUUUCUCCAUCAUCAACAAGAACCAGCUUGCCUCUGGAGCACGGGGUUCUUACAUGAAGUCAGUCAUCAUAAAGCUCCCAGCUCAUGAAAUUGUCAUCACUCAUGGUGAACGUAACAGAGUAACAGCCAUUAAGGGCUUGUGGUCAGUGUGGAACCUAACAAACCAUAUUUCCUCUUUCUCUGCUCUCCAGAUUGAUAAUAAAACAUCCCCUCUCCCUGUGAAUCUGGACUCUGGCAACAUCACGAUAACUAAGUCAGGUUUCACUGGAACCCUGAAGACAGACUUUGGUUUGGAGGUCACCUUUGACUGGGGUGAGUUUUUCAAGGUGACAGUGCCCAGCAGCUACUACAAAAACCUGGUGGGCAUGUGCGGAACCUAUAGCAACAACCGCAGCGAUGACUUUGUCACGCCAGCCGGCGUUCCUGUGUCGGACAUUGUAGAGUGGGCUGCAUCCUGGAGUGUUCCCGACAACGACCGCACAUGCUGGCACUUCCCAGCCUGCACUGAGCAAGAGAAGCAGCGUUACCGUGGCCCCGAAUACUGCGGCGUGCUUGUAGACAAAACAGGGCCCUUCGCUAACUGCAAUGAGACAGUCAUGCUGGCCCAGUUUCCAACCGACUGUGUCUUUUAUGCAUGUCUCACUCACGGAAGCCGUGAGACCUACUGCAAAGCCCUUAACAGUUAUGUUAACUCCUGCAUGCUGGCUAAAACAGAAGUCUCAGCGCAGUGGAAGCAGAUUACUAAAUGUCGUAAGUAACAUACGCAUUCUGAAUUUCUAUUCACAGGCUUAGGAAAAAGAUGAUUCUUUGGCCCAAAAAAACUACUUUAGCUGCAUUGACCUCUGAAGGGGCGGCACUUAG